AUGUCUACAUUCUCUACCCUCCUAAGCAUCGUGGCUGUCGCCUUGAUGGCGUCCUCAUGCAACGGUCAAUUCACCGUCGCCAGGCGUGCUCCCACACCUGCCAAGCCAGUCUUGCUCGCUAGCCGAGACGGACCUAUAGCGGCUGUAGAGGAGCGCGAAGGCGUCUACACCCUUCCCUUGGUUCUGACGGCCGGCCUCGAGACCAAUUCAAGCUUGGCUCGCCGAGGAAGCACCGAGACUGUUCCUUUUGACUUCUCCACCUUGUCGGUACAAGUCGCCAUUAAUGGCAAGCCCUACACGUACGCGCUCCAGACUGGUACCGAUAUUACCACAGGGUACAAUGUGCAAGCCGCUUCAGGAGCGUGGACUCCGAACAAGGACCCACACACGAAGCUCAACGGCCCUCCCUCAGCUAACGACUACCACUCCCUCGCUCAAGAGGUCACCGUAGGCAGCUUCUCCCUCGGCAAGACCACUUUGAAGAACUUCAACAUGGUCUACGAAAGCGAGCCAAACAAGGGCGGCAGAGGUCCCGUCGGUGACCUCGGCUUUGGCCUCAGGGGCCCCACCUUCAAUGGAAAGCCAGAGAGCUCGACUAACUUUUUGGAGCAAGUGGCCAAAGCUGGUCUUUGGGCCAAGCCCAUCUUCUCCAUUGCCAUGAGGCAUGGCUCUGCCAGCCAGCUUGUCUUGGGCGCGGAGAUCCCCAGCCCCAAUCCGGCUAUCCCGACGGCCUGGUCAUCCAGUCAGAAGACUCACUGGGCUCUUACAGCGACCAUCGGUGGCCACACGGGACUAGCUGACUUUGUCACCACCAGUCCUUGGAUCACUGUACCUCCUCAGGUGGCUGAGGAUCUGAUCAAAAAGGCGGGCUUGACGGCUGACAACGAUGGUCGUGGUAACAUCGUCGCUAAAUUCGACUGCUCCAAGAGGCCUCAAGCGGACUUGACCAUCGACUUCGAAGGAGGUCGACUACAGAUCCCAUCACGCAUGACUGCUAUCCCAAAAGCUAAUCCCAAGGAGUGCUUGUAUGUUGUCAGGGGAACCGAGCAGGGACCUUACCCCACGCCCUUCUCUUUGGGAUUGCCCGUCUUCGCUUCGUACAAUGUAAUGUUCGGCUUUUCUCCAGGAUCCCCCAAGAUCGGCUUCGGCGUACGCGACUGGGCGUAG